CAGCGGCCGCGCGGUGCUUGCGCGCGCCUGCGAGGGGGCGGAGCACGGGCUACCUGCGCGCUCUGGGGGUGUCGGUCUAGUUGCAGGUGCACGCGCCGUAAGUGAGAGCGAGGCCGCGAUCACCCCCCUCCCUACAGUCACAGAUACCGUGGGAGGAGGCGGCUAUAGGGGGAGUUCGGGGAGAGGUGACGCAGGCGGACCGGGAGGCAGCUCCGUGUCACUGGGCGACUAGCUAGGGAGACGUGAGGUGUCGAUACACACCGGGAGGGAAAGGAGAACGCAGCGGCAGAAGAUGAACAAGGCUCAUCGGACUGCGGGCAGCAGCAGGGCGCUCGGCACCGUGGAGGUGAAGAGUAAGUUUGGCGCGGAAUUUCGGCGUUUUGCUCUGGAACGAUCAAAGCCCGGCAAGUUCGAAGAAUUCUAUGGAUUACUUCAGCAUGUCCAUAAAAUCCCCAACGUGGAUGUGCUAGUGGGGUACGCGGACAUCCACGGGGACUUGCUGCCCAUAAAUAAUGAUGAGAAUUACCAUAAAGCAAUAACUACCGCGAACCCUUUGCUCAGAAUAUUUCUGCAAAGAAAAGAAGAAGCAGAUUACAGCGCCUUCGGUACGGACACUUUGACCAAGAAGAAGACCGUCCUCGCGACAGUGUUGCGUCCAGAAAACCGGAAGAAGCCCCAUAUAGUGAUUGGAAUGCCCAGCGACUUCAGACCGGUUUCCUCAAUCAUUGACGUCGACAUUCUCCCAGAAACCCACCGCAGAGUCCGACUGUACAAGCAUGGCAUGGAGAAGCCGCUUGGGUUCUACAUCCGCGACGGCUCCAGCGUCCGUGUUACGCCGCAUGGCUUGGAGAAGGUGCCGGGAAUCUUCAUAUCGCGGCUGGUUCCUGGUGGACUGGCGCAGAGCACUGGAUUAUUAGCGGUCAACGACGAGGUUCUCGAGGUCAACGGCAUCGAAGUGUCCGGGAAGAGUCUUGACCAGGUUACGGACAUGAUGGUUGCCAACAGUCACAACCUGAUCAUCACGGUGAGGCCGGCAAACCAGAGGAAUAAUGUGGUGCGAAACAGCAGGAACUCUGGGAGUUCAGGACAGUCCACGGACAGCAGUACCAGUAUGUAUAGUAACGCGGCGCCGCAGCGCAUCAUUCAGAACUACCAUCCUGAAGAAGCAGAAAGCGACGAGGAGGACAUUAUCAUCGAAGGCAACGGUGAACCCCAACAGAUUCCCCGAGCCGCUCCCAGCACGGAGAGCCUGGAAUCCUUAACACAGCUCGAGUCUUACCACGACUCCACGUACAAUGGUUUCAUCCCAUCGAGCAAUUUCAACGUGCACAUGAGCGCCAGCGGAGAGAGCCUAGAACAAAGUAUGCACGAGGGUAAAAUCUUGGAGGAAGACGGCACGGUCAUUACACUCUAAACGCCACGUGCUUACGGUUUCCGGAAGAUGCCAUUUGAAGGUUUUUAAUGGCUAGCUGGUUGCACAUCUUAGGUUAUUUUUUUGCAGUUGAUCUGUGUGACAUUGUAUACAAACUACUUUUUUUUUUUUCUUUUUUUUUUUUUUUUAUCUGUAUAGUUAAUUAUUAUUUUUCCUUUUAUUUCGUUCAAUUCUAUUUUUGUCUAAAUGAAGGAGAAAAAAAAGACCAUAUAUUUAUCUUCACAUUCCAUAGGUUAAUGUAAAUUUGCAUAUGCCACUUUGUAUUAGGAUUCAACCAUCAAAACUACAUAAGUCUGCGGUCUUUCCAGACGCAAUGCAUGUGACGUGCAUUAAGGUUCCGUGUCGCGCCUAUGCCCCCCCCCGAUUCCGCUUUACCUCGCAUAUUAUCCAUGUUCAGUGAUUUAUCUAAUAUAUGUUUGAGACAAUCUCCUUUUCUGUUCUAGUCCUAGAAGGCUUUCUGAUCUCCUCUGAUCUCUCACCAAAAGCAAGGUAGUUGCGGUUUCAGGUCUCUCACUUCGUAAUUCAGAAUGAAGGUCCCUCCAGCAAGAAGAGUCAAGAUUGGCCCUGAAUAAUGUAUAAUUCAAUAGAUGAGACUUUGGAGUGAUUUUUAAACCCCUAAAA